GAUAACAUCCAUCAGUAGAUGUUAAUAUUAUUUUAUUUUUUAUUUUUUAUUUUUUAUUUUUUUUCUUUUGAAAAAGGAUACCGGUACUGUGACAACAGUCUCGGUGGCAAAGACCGGAACUGUUGCUACAGUGGCAGAAUUUUGGCUAUUAAUAGGCCAACUUCGGCUCCCGAGCGGCAUUUCUGAUUGCCCUGCUCUCUCUCUCUACUUCUCACUUCUCUCUUCUCUCUCCGCUCUCCUCACUCUCAACCUGAGCAUCUGGAACCUCUGCGGAGCCUCUGCCCUGGUGCCAUCUGAAGAGUGUGAGAACCCCGAGGAGCUUCUCUGCCAGCCUCCUACUCCAGAAUACUAGAGAGACAUGAUGAGUGAGAUGGAAAUCGAGAGAUACACCAGCCAGCGGUGGCGUCCAACAGAUGAUCAGGUCAAGAUGAUGACCAACAUCUUCAACUAUGGGGUCACUCAUCCAAGCCGAGCGCAAGUCGUCGAGAUCACGUCUCGACUAAGGACCUUCGGAGAUGCCAGCGAAUACAACGUGCACUGCUGGUUCAACAACCACGACAAUCGGGUCAGACGCUGGCAAGCGGAGAUAGACCCCACUGGCACUCAGUUUUCACAACUGCCGCUGUACAUGUACGAAUAUGGCUGGGUGGUAAUGAGGGCACCAAGGCUGCUGGAUUUGUUCCCAGUCCCGAUCAUCAUCGACGACGACAGAGAUGAACGACAAAUCCCUCCGCCUAGGCCUCUAACAUUCCGCACCAGAGCUCCCUCGACGGAGCUUACCCUAAGAUCUCCACCCAGCAACACCUUUCCAUUUUAAUGCUUUAUGUUUUUUUUUAUUUAUUAUGUUUUAUUUUAUUUUGUUUUUGCUGGCCGAGUGUGGCCAGAAUUUGAAUAAGGCAUGUAAUAAUGACACUUAAUUUUUUUUUUUUAUGUUUUUUUUUUAA